CGUUCAAGAUGUCCAGCAAAGGGAACGGCGCAGAAGGCAAAACAGACUUGGCCAACGGAAGCCUGUCUAGCAGUCCAGAGGAGAUGUCUGGCGCUGAGGAGGGGAGGGAGACAUCCUCAGGCAUUGAAGUGGAAGCCUCAGACCUGAGCUUGAGCUUGACUGGGGAUGAUGGUGGCCCCAACCGUGCCAGCACAGGAAGCCGGGGUACAGAUACGGAGAGCUCAGGUGAAGAUAAGGACUCUGACAGCAUGGAAGACACUGGCCAUUACUCCAUCAACGACGAAAACCAAGUCCAUGACCGCUCAGAGGAAGAAGAGGAAGAAGAGGAGGAGGAGGAGGAAGCGCACCCUCGGCGCCGUGUCCAGCGGAAGCGGGCCAACCGUGACCAGGACUCAUCAGAUGAUGAGCGGGCCCUGGAGGACUGGGUGUCUUCGGAGACAUCCGCCCUGCCUCGACCUCGGUGGCAAGCCCUUCCUGCCCUUCGGGAGCGGGAGCUGGGUUCUAGCGCCCGCUUUGUCUAUGAGGCUUGCGGAGCAAGAGUCUUUGUGCAGCGUUUCCGCCUGCAGCAUGGGCUCGAGGGCCAUACUGGUUGUGUCAACACCCUGCACUUUAACCAGCGCGGCACCUGGCUGGCCAGUGGCAGCGAUGACCUGAAAGUGGUGGUUUGGGACUGGGUGCGGCGGCAGCCAGUGCUGGACUUUGAGAGCGGCCACAAAAGCAAUGUCUUCCAGGCCAAGUUCCUUCCUAACAGCGGUGACUCCACCCUGGCCAUGUGUGCCCGUGAUGGGCAGGUGCGGGUAGCAGAGCUGUCUGCCACACAGUGUUGCAAGAACACGAAGCGUGUGGCCCAGCACAAGGGAGCGUCUCACAAGUUGGCCCUGGAACCGGACUCUCCCUGUACGUUCCUGUCUGCAGGUGAAGACGCCGUUGUUUUCACCAUUGACCUCAGACAAGAUCGGCCAGCUUCGAAACUGGUGGUGACAAAAGAGAAGGAGAAGAAAGUGGGGCUCUAUACGAUCUAUGUGAAUCCUGCCAAUACCCACCAGUUUGCAGUGGGUGGACGAGAUCAGUUUGUAAGGAUUUACGACCAGAGGAAAAUUGAUGAGAAUGAGAACAACGGAGUGCUCAAGAAAUUCUGUCCUCACCACCUGGUGAACAGUGAGUCCAAAGCAAACAUCACCUGUCUUGUGUUCAGCCACGACGGCACAGAGCUCCUGGCCAGUUACAACGACGAAGACAUUUACCUCUUCAACUCCUCUCACAGCGACGGGGCCCAGUAUGUGAAGAGAUACAAGGGCCACAGAAAUAAUGCCACAGUAAAAGGCGUCAAUUUCUAUGGCCCCAAGAGCGAGUUUGUGGUGAGCGGCAGUGACUGCGGGCACAUCUUCCUCUGGGAGAAGUCCUCCUGCCAGAUCGUGCAGUUCAUGGAGGGGGACAAGGGAGGCGUGGUAAACUGUCUUGAGCCCCACCCCCACCUGCCUGUGCUGGCAACCAGCGGCCUAGACCAUGAUGUCAAGAUCUGGGCACCCACUGCUGAAACUUCCACUGAGCUGACGGGGCUGAAGGAUGUGAUUAAGAAGAACAAGCGGGAGCGGGAUGAAGACAGCUUGCACCAUACUGACCUGUUUGAUAGCCACAUGCUCUGGUUCCUCAUGCAUCACCUGAGACAGAGACGCCACCACCGGGUCUGGUGA